AUGGAGGUGAGCCUGAUGCGGCUCCUCCUCCUCUCUCUUCUCCUCCUGCUUCUAACAAAAUCAACAAGCUCCCAAAACUCCAACGACUUGAAUAUCACUCUCACCUCCUUCCUCAAAAAACUCUCAACCAAUCCCCGAAUUGAUCAGGAACUUGGCUGGACUCCUGCCUCCGAUCCCUGCCGUGACCGUUGGAAAGGCAUCGCCUGCAACAAAGAUGGAAAAUCUGUCCGUGCUUUAGUUCUUGAAUCGCUCAAACUCGAUGGUUCCAUUGAUGGUACUCUUCUCUCCCAUCUCUGCAACUCUGGCCCUCUCUCAAUACUGAGUCUCCAGGACAAUGCCCUCAAUCGUGGCCUACCUUCAGAAAUCUCUAGCUGCACCAGAUUGACCCAUGUUUAUCUCAGCAAUAAUCGCCUCUCAGGUAGCCUUCCAUCUUCUCUACCGAGCUUAAAGAGCCUGAAGAGGCUUGAGAUCUCCCACAACAACUUCUCUGGCAAUAUUCCGUCGAAUAUGUCGAGGAUUUCAGGCAUCUUAACGUUUCUUUCCAAUAAUAAUCACUUUACUGGUAGCAUACCCGAUUUCAGCAUGAACUUCAUGGAUGAAUUCGAUGUUUCUUUCAAUCAAUUCUCUGGUUCUGUGCCUGCGAAUUCGGAAAAAUUCCCUGUUUCGAGAUUUGUUGGAAAUCCUGGCCUAUGUGGCAAACCACUUAGCGUG